UUAUGCCAUAUGCGCUCUGAUGUUCUUGUUAAAACAAAUUUAAAGGCAUGUCUGUGGACAGUUGCUGGAGACGCACAUUAGAACAGAGAUAGGUUCACAGUAUGGUGAGGUGUGGGAGUAAAGCUCUGCAUGCAUGAGUCACAGUAAACACACUCUGUUCUCACAGGAAGAGCAGACAGAAACAAUCUACUCAGCCUCCAGGCAAAGCCUAGAAUCUCACAAGAGCUUUAGAGGAAAAAUGGAGAUCUCAGAGGAACAUUACUAUGACUACACCGAGUUCGAAAACAACAGCUCCAACUUCAGCUACGAUGAUUAUCAGACCAUCUGUGAGAAGGGCGACGUGCGCUCCUUCGCGAGGAUCUUCCUCCCAGCUGUUUUCGGGUUAUCUCUAGUGCUAGGUUUAGCAGGGAACGCUCUGGUUGUGGCGGUGUACGCGUACUGCAAACAACUGAAAACGAUGACUGACACGUUUAUACUUCACCUGGCUGUGGCAGACCUUUUGCUGCUCCUAACGUUGCCCUUCUGGGCUGCAGAUGCCGUCCACGGCUGGAAGCUCGGGGUCACCGUCUGUAAACUCGUCUCUGCCCUGUACACCAUCAACUUCACCUGUAGCAUGAUGCUCCUGGCCCACAUCAGCAUGGAUCAGUACCUGGCUUUGAUGCCGGGAGUCAGAAACAGAGGCCUUGCGUGCGCUUUUCAAAAGAAGCAUUGUGGAAAACUCUGUUUGGUGGUCUGGACCGUUGCAUUUUUUCUUGGAGUCCCCGAUUUGGUGUUUUCAACGGUCAGAGAGCUUCCUCAUAAAAAAAGCUGCAUUGCAAUGUAUCCGUCAGACAUGGCGCUCAGGGCUAAAGCUAGUUUGGAGGUGGUGGAGGUCAUGAUAGGCUUCUUGCUACCUUUGUUAGUGAUGUUGUUCUGCUACACCUGUGUAGGCCGAGCCCUAUUGAAGCUCCCUCAGGAGAGGAGGUGGAGGAAGUGGAGGUCCAUCCGUGUGCUGCUGGCGAUGGUGGGCGUCUUUGUGGUCACGCAACUGCCCUACAAUGUGGUGAAGUUUUGCCGGGCCGUUGACAUCAUGUAUACAUUUGUAACUCACUGUGGGGUUAGUAAAGUGCUGGAUAGGGCUACUCAGAUCACAGAAAGCCUGGCAUUGACACACUGCUGUCUAAAUCCUGUUCUGUACACUUUCGUCGGUUCCUCCUUCAGACAGCAUGUAUUGAAGUGUGCCAAAGACUUUGGAGACAGGGGUAGAAGGUUGGCACACGCGAGAGAGCAACAAGAAGUGAAUAUCUCCUUGAAUUCUCAUUCACAGUCCCAAGACACCAGUACUUUUUCCAUUUGAGCAAAGUGAAGGAGAUGGUGUAGAA